AGGAUGGUUCUCCCAUUUGAGCACACCAACCUGCUGCACAGCCGGUACGAUGUCAUCGCCCGACCCGGCAGCGCUUUCGAGCUGCGCCGACCGCCCAAGAUUGACCUGGAACUACCCACCAACAAGAGCGCUGCUGAGUACGCCAGCUUUCUCAAAGAGAAGGAGCGUAAGGUAGGACCUGAGGGGUUCCUGGACUCCCACCGCUACACGCACACCUUUGAGGUGAAGGAGCUCUCCCCGCGCGUCAAGACGUCCCCAAGACGUGCCUCCUCCGUGGAGACGGUCGUCGACCUUCAAGCCAAGAUCAAGAAGGACCAGAAGGACUACGAGAAGAGGAUGAAGGUCGUGGAGGACCACAUGUGGCAGCACAAGCAGGCGGAGCGUGAGCUGAAGCGUGUGGAGGGAGACGUGCUCAAGAAACAGCGACACGUCAAACGGGUCAUCAGAGAUCUCGAGAACUCCAUCCAGAAGAAAACCCUGGAGGAGGACAAGAAGUUGAACAAAACUCUUCAGACUCAGGAGCAGCUGCAGAGGGACUACGUACACCAGACGGAGGAGAAAACAAAAGAGCACAUCAGCCAGUCGGCAGAAUACAUGCAGCAGUUUAAGGACAAGACAAGAAAGGCUCUUCUACAUGAGAGUGAUGCAGAGCGCCAGUACAAGGCAAAGCAGGCAGCCAUGGAGCUGGUGCGGACGGAACUGGAGAGGAUGAACUUGGAGUUCACACAGAAGAUGCAGCAGAAGGAGGAGGAACAGUUUAAGCUGAAGAAGGAGCUUGCUGAUCUCGCCAUCAAACUGAACAUGGACGCACAGAAGAAACGCCAGAUGCAGUUCGAGCAGGGCAGGAUUGGGAGCGAGACAACAAGGAAGAGAAUCCUGGCCAACAGGGAGGCAGACACAACACUGGAAGCCAGCCUGGGGAAGUCAGAAGGCGGGACUCGUAGGUUUGAGACAGGAAAGAGACUCCUGAGUGCCGAGCUGAACACCACACGCUCACACCUGCAGGAAAGAGCACGUGACGAGGCGCGUCGGCUGCGAGACUCUCUGAACCUUCUGGAGAAGAACGCAGACGUGCAGAGGAAACUGCAGGAGGAGGCGCAGCAGGCAGACCUGGACCUGCGCAGCAAGCAGAUCGACCAGAAACUGCAGGCACACAGCCUUCGGAAGCAGCAGCGUCUAAAUGCUCUGGUGCGCACCAAGGCGGUCGAGCGUCACGAGAAGCUGAAUGAGUGGGAGGAGCGGUACCUGAUGAGGGUCGACGAUGAUCGAAGACGCAAACACGAGGACAAGAUGAAGCACUUCAAGGUACAUCUUGCUCUUUAUGUUCAGAGAGUGGUAGGAAAGGGUUAUAAGCUUGAUGCGAUCCAUUGUACAUGUAACGUUACCUUGUACAAUUGCUGUGCAGCAAAGUUUACUGUAAUUACCGGUGCUAACAGCCUUGUUCCUGAUUUCCAGAGAGCUGUAGGCAAGGCGCAGCAGCAGGAACACAGCAUGUAUGAGAAGGUGCGGCAGUCAGAGUACUCGAGGACCAAGCAGGAACAGGUGGUGAAGAAGAUGCAGGAUCAGCUGAGUAAGCUGAAGAAGAAGAACAGCAGCACGAUCCGGGAGCAGAUGGCAGACAGUCUGCAGAAGGAGAAGGAGCUGGAGUACAAGCUGCAGCGCGAAAAGGCACAACUUAUGAAGACCACGGUAGACAGAGAGACGAUGUAUGAAAAUAUAGUGAAACUGCGAGAGAGGCUACGUGAAGACAAGUACGUCAUGGGAGAGGAAGAAAGGGAACACAUGAGACUACAGAGGAUUGGUAUGCGCACCGACGGUUACCUCGACCAGGGACACACUCUCACAUCGUUCGGUUAAAACCCCAGGACACGGGCUCAGACUUGUGAACAAACAUCCAACCAAGGCUCUCUCCAACGUAUACGUGUGUCUCAGGAUGGAGUAUUGCUGCUUAAGAGGGAAACAUUUUAACCAAGAAUUUUAACCAUUGGCAAUUAACUUCUUUAAUGGUAUCAAGACUUCUGUGUUUUCAUCAGGACUGGCCUCCAAAACUUUUUAAAAAUUUCAUUUGAAAUUUUGCUCUUUUUAGACAAUUUUAGAGGGUUUACAUUCAAAAUUUCUUGGGGGAUCAUACCCCAGACCCCUCUAGAACAAAAUGGUAGUGACUUUGGCACUCAAUAUCAAAAUUGAGAGUCAAAAUCGAGAGGGCCAGUGUCAGAGUUUGCCUUGUCAAAUUGAGAAGACACACAAAAAUGUACAGUUGGGGAGAGCCCACAUCUAACACUGCAACUGCACUGAAUGCUGCUUCCUUAUGGCGUGGUCACGUCUGUUGUAAGUCGUCAGUAAAAAUGUCCCACGAUUUUGAUGUCAUAACAUUUGAAACCCUUGUCCUGCGGAGCCUAACAAUUGCUGUUUUGCACAUUCAGUAUCAUCUAUAUAAUAGUACUCUGUAACGUUAUAGGUACAAUUUGGGUGUAUUUCUUGUGCAACGCAUCAGACCACAGCAAAAUUCAACGAAU